AUGGAAUUUGUGACUUUCCUUCGUGAUUAUAGACAUCACAAAAAUCCAUCUGUUGGUUAUGUUGCUUCAGGAUACUGGUUUGGAGUCACCCUCGGCCGGUUAUUAUUGACGAGAAACCUUCACAAAUAUUUAAAUCCCAGAAGGGGAACCACUGUGGUGGUCUGUGGUGCUAUGGUUGCAAUUUCGUUGGCUUGGGCCAUAGACAAUCUUAUUGCGACCGGUGUAUUUGUUUCCCUUGCUGGUGUGUGCAUUGGCCCAAUCUAUUCAUUGAUGGUGCUUCACAUUUCACGCCUCUUUCCCAGAAAAAUUUUGGUGGUUUCAUUGACAAUUACCACUGCUUUUGGCUCUUCUGGAGGAGCAUUGUUUCCCUUUUUGGUUGGACUCAUAUCUCAGUAUAUUGGAGCCAUGACGGUUAUGCCUGCGUUCAUCAUUAUGUUUUCCAUCAUGUUCACAUUCUGGAUCUGUAUGCCCAAUCCUGCUCGUCUUCGUGGAAAUGUGUUGCUCAAGAUUUUAUGGUAA